AUGACUUCUCCUAGCAAAAUGGUCGAGGUCAUCGACUACUUUCGAUUUCUCCCUGACGGUGAUAGUCCGCUAGAUGAUGAGGUCGCAAAAGCUACAGCUACUGGGGUCGCGCAGUGGGAGAUGGAUCCCGUCAUUGGCGGCGGGCCAUUUCGUCCGUAUAUGGUCCCGCGGGGUGUCCCGGUGAGCGAUGGUGUACUGGUAAUGAUGCGCCUCUUCUCCCUGCUGCCAUUCCAAGUUUAUGGUGCCUCUCGAUCUGACCUCCAAAAAAUCCAUGGGUUCACCAAAACAGGCACAAUGCAGCGCAGAGACUCUGGCGCCGAUGGGCUAGCGAAGUUGCCCCAAAACAAUGGGAGCACUGUAUACGACGCCGGCGAUUAUCUGAUAACGAUCGACCAGACUGUAAUGCGCGGGGACAAAGACGAAGACGCCACAAACCCCCCCGGGCCUAUAAAUGAGUGUACAUUUAUAUAUCAGCUCGGGUUAAAACAUCAGCACUGGUUCAACCGUCUGUUUAAUGGCGCUGACACUGCAAGCCUAGAGAAGGGAGCCGCCUUUGCCCAAGAUUGGCUCACAAAAUACUCAUCUAACAUUAUGGAAUAUGAUAGAGUUCUCGGGAUUAAUGUUCGCCGCCAGGACAACUCCAAGGUAGCACAAUAUGAACACUAUAUCAGAGACUAUUAUUACAGUGAGAUUCAUACACGAAGUACAGAAUAUCCGAAGCCGAAGCUAGCACCGACAAUCAAACUAAUGCUACCGCUAAAGGCAGCACAGAAGCCCAAGCGUAAGCCAAAACCAGACAUGGCUGGGUUGGCGGAAUCCGACAAGAAAAAUAAUGGCGAAGGUAGCAAAAGGGAGAUGGCAUUGGCUGGUGAGCCAGGAAAUCUGCUACCGCGUCCAGAAGUUCCCGCUGUGGCAAAGAAGCCACGAAUCUAUUCUGCAGAAGAGUCCAACGAGAGCGAAAAUAAAGAGAGCGAAGUGAAGGCGGUAUCGACUCCAGCGAAAACUGUUACUGAACUAGCUGCAGAGAAAUCUCCCCCGACGGUUGAGAAAUCGAUGCUAGCCCGUCCAAAUAAUAUGGCGCCCACCCCUGCUGAGACCGCGACAGAGAGAAUCACAAGGUUGAGAAGAGAAGUCGAGGAGAAAUCAAAGGCGCUCGAGGAUUUACGAAGAAUGGAGGCGGACGCGGCAGAGCAGGCGAUUGCAGAAGCGAAGGCAGAGGUAAAAAAAGCAACCAUGGAGAGGGCAGCUGUCGAGAGAGCAGCCGCGGAGAAAGCAGUUGCCCAGGAAGCUGCAGCAAAACUAGCCAAAGAAAAGGCCAAGUUAAACACUGGAGCGGCGGACAACUCCCUCAAACUUACUGGAGAAACGGUCAAAUACGCGAUCGGCGCAUAUCUUGCUCAACGAAGAUCAGGAACAGCUGACAAAACGUUGGUUGGAAAGUUGAAUGAUGAACUGGCACCUUACUUCCACGCCGCCUUGAACGUUUUUGCGAAUGACCCACAGAAGAGAAAGUUAACGGAAGAAGAGAGCGAUGAUGAGAGGCUGGCAAAGAUUGCCAAGAAAUAGGCAAUUACAAGACGUGAUGGGGAAGGAACGAUGGAGAAGGAACGAUAGGGGAGGAACGAUUGGGAAGGAACGAUGGGGAAGGAAGGACGGGGAAGGAACGAUGAGGA